AUGGAAGCUACGUUUUCAUGUGGCAGAGUUGCAUUUGCAAUCAUAACAAUAUUAUGCUGCUUCACUUCCCCUGCAAUUGCAUGCCCCCUCCCUGAAAGAAAUCUUCUCCUCGAUUUCAAGACAGCAGUUGUAGAUGAGGAUAACACUCUCUUUUCCUGGCACGGAUUCAAUUGCUGCACGUGGAGAGGGGUCAGUUGUAAUCUCCGCACAGGUCAUGUUUCUCGCCUGGAUUUGAGUGCAUACUAUUUGGAGGGUAACAUCAGUUCAUCGCUGUUCCAACUUGCACGGUUGGAGCACCUCGAUCUCAGUCACAACCUCUUCAAGGGUAAAUUCAGUCCUCCCCAUAAUCGAAACUUAUCAAAUCUGGUGAGCUUGGAAUACCUCUCUCUUGCUGAAGUGAAUAUCUCUGCAAGCAAAGAGUGGGGUGAAGCUGUUGGCAGUCUACUCAACCUUCAAAAACUCCGCAUGUCUGACUGUGGGCUUGGAGGACAAAUUCCCAAUUCCCUUCUCAACCUCACCUCUCUCCUUCAUCUCGAUCUAUCAGCGAACUAUUUGUCAGCACAUAUACCAGCUUGGUUUGAAAAUGUGACUGGGCGCUUGCUCUCUCUUGAUCUCUCUUGGAAUGAGAAUCUUGGAGGAGACAUUUCUUUCCUUGGACAACGAAACUCUUCUUUGUCACUAACCAGGAUUGUUCUUUCAGGGACAGCCAUCAAGGGCCGAAUUCCAUCUGCUAUAUGGAAUAUCUCAUGCUUGGAGCAUCUUCGUCUUUCAGGUACCAGAAUUGAAGGUGAGAUUCCAGCUUCUAUAGGGAAUUUGUUGUCCUUGCAAAGUCUUGAUCUAUCAGAUACCAGAAUUGAAGGUGAGAUUCCAGCUUCUAUAGGGAAUUUGUUGUCCUUGCAAAGUCUUGAUCUAUCAUAUACCGGAAUUGAAGGUGGGAUUCCAUCUGCUAUAGGGAAUGUGUCGUCCUUGAAGAGUCUUUAUCUGUCUGAUAUCUCUAUUGAAGGUGAGUUUCCUGUCUCCAUACUCAAUCUCUCUAAACUUGUUGAAUUGGACCUGUCCUACAACAUGUUAACUGGGGUAAUCCCACCUUCAUUGGACUCGCUUUCUUCCCUUGUUAGUCUUUACCUUAAUGGCAACGAAUUGAAUGGUACGAUUCCAUCUACAAUUUCAAAUCUUGUUAACUUAAGAAGCCUUUGGCUCGGCUCCAAUAGGUUAAGCGGCCUCAUUUCCCUUUCCGUAUUCGAUAAUCUCACUAGUCUUGAAAGCCUGUAUCUUUCUUACAAUCAGUUGACUGUAAACAUUGAUUCGACAUGGAUUCCGCAGUUUAAGCUUUCCUCUUUGGGACUAGGCUCUUGCAAUUUAGAUAGAAUUCCAUCGUUUCUUGUGACCCAAUACGACUUGAGGGAUCUGGACCUAUCUGCUAACAGUAUCCAAACAAAUAUUCCAUCUUGGAUAUGGAACUUACCCAGCCUUUAUAGUUUGAACCUUAGCUGUAAUCAAUUAACUGGGUCAUUGCCAUCUAGACUAACCUUACCCAUGUAUUUUGACUAUCUAGAUUUGCACAACAAUAGCUUGGAAGGUUCUCUUCCUCUUCCUCCUGCUGGUGCUUAUCUGCUAGAUCUGUCGAUGAAUCAGUUUAAUGGUUCUAUUCCUAGUCACAUCGGUGCGUAUCUUGAAAAUGCAAGGUUCUUAUCCUUGUCGCGGAAUAACCUUAGCGGAGCGAUUCCAGAUUCUAUUUGCACUCCAUAUUUGCAGGUUCUUGACCUUUCAAAAAAUACGCUGAGCAGUGUCAUUCAUCCUCAUUUAACCAGGAAUUGUUCUUCUCUUAGUGUUCUAGAUUUGGCAGAAAAUCAUCUGGAAGGUAAAUUGCCAGCAGAGUAG